AUGGCCGGAGUCAGAACCUCUUGGGAAGACCUGUCGAACCUCGGCUGGUACAAGCAGCAGGUUUAUAACACGCUCAAUGCUCAGCGCGGAAACACCAUGAAAGGGCUCGGCGACAUGGCUCUCAACGAGGGUUUCGCCGAAGACUGGGGCUGGUACUGCUACAAUGUGACCAAAGGCGACGCGUACGAGGUCGGUAACACUGUCAACAACGCCUCAAAGACGGCAACUGUCUGGUAUUACGACAAUCGCAACAACUCGCAGCCUUUCAAUACGACCUGGACCGAAACUUGGUCUACAACCGAGACGGCAUCUCUCAGUGUUACUCGUAGCUCAUCUAUCAGUCUCCAGUGGUCGGUCACUAUCGGGUCUGUUGCUAGUUCCGAUUUUACCAUCACCAGUUCCAACGAGACUGCUUCGACCCAAUCGAAAGAGUCAACGCACACCCUGCAAAACGUGUGGGAAAUCACCGUCGGCCCGGGCGAGACCCUCUCGAUCCUGAGAACUCAGUUAACCACCAACGGAAAAUCGGCUUAUAACUUGAGGUAUGGUCUCAGCGACGGGGGACUUAUUGCUACCAAGGGUGACAGAUACAACGACCACUACUAUUGGGGAUUCUCGGCAAACUAUUAUCUCAACUCCCCGGGAGGCACCAUGGUCUUCGAUGGGCUGAGCCAGAGCAACAGUUUCUCUCACGAGAUCGUCCGUAAUGACGGCUCUCAGAGAGCUUCAAGCUCUGUUAUCAAGCUUGCCAAGCCCACCACCGUCACCGAGAUUGAUAAUGGGAAGAGGACCGUGCUCCAGUAUGCCUUCCCUGCGAAGAACGACGACACUCCCCCGGAGGGCCACCAGUAA